GGGCGAGUGGAAAGAGAGAGAGCGAAGACUCGUCACUGAGCGGAUACAGGUGUUUCCUCAUAUUCGGGCUCCUGAGAAUACUACAGAGAUAAUAUUACAAACUGAUGAGCAACAUGGAUGAGACAAAGGAUACAGUUGAUCAAAUAAAAGAAGAGAUAAAACAAGAAGACACAAAUAUUGUUGGCAAGAUAUUCGUGAAGCAAUUCCAUCAGUUAGUGGACGAUCCUUUAUUGAACAGCACCAGUGAUGAUGUGCUACGUGCGAUCAAGGGUCUCCGAGAAAUACCGGAUGAAGAAUUGAAUGAGUUUCUCGAUGAUGAAGACUUUAUGAAAGGAUUGGACGUCGUAGAUGCCUGGGAAGGAGAUGAAGAUAAAAACCGUGAGAUUGAGCAAGACAGGACAGAGUCUACAAAGCAGGGAAAGAACCAAACCUCUAGGGAAUACCAUCGUCCCGAGAAGGAUAAACGCAAAAAGCCGAAGAGAGAAGAGAAAAAACGUGAGGAGAUUCGGCGGGAUCCUUUGAAGAGUACCAAGGACAUUGAAAAGGACAAGAUGCGAACGAAGAGAGACACCGAAAGCAAGCUUCUUGCCGAAAAGGAGAAGGCGAUCAAAUACUUGUUGGACUCGGACAACGUAGUCCCACCUGGCACGGAAACCGAAGCUAUCCAGAGCAUCGCCGAGGAACAGAAUAGAGAACGAGCUCAGCGUGAAGCACAACGAAACAGAGAUCAUCGCCGAAGCAAAUCGUCAGAACGUUACGAAAGAUCGAGUCUAUCUCGACGUAAAACUCCCGAUCGAGCUCGGUUAAGCCCUCAUCGACGAAAAAGUACAAGCCCAGAUCGUCGUAGGAGCCCCUUAAAAAUAAGCAUAGAAAAACAUAGAAGUCCUUACAGAUACAGUCCAGGUAGAUUGAAAAAUUCACCGCGUUCCUACGACCGGAGAAGCCCCAUUAAAUUAAGUCCAGAUUCUCGACGAAGAAGUCCUAGACGACUUAGUGGAGAACGACGCUCUAGCAUAGAGAGAAGACGGAGUGUUGAACGACGUAGGAGACGCGCUGAUUGGAUGCAUGAACGCCGAAGAAGCCGAUCUCGCGAUCGGAGGAGUCGCAGUACGGAACGUUCAAGAAGACGAUUAAGCCGUUCACCAGUGAGACGAUACAGUCGUCGAAGUCGCACACGUAGCAGAUCAUUGGAGAAGCGCCCUAGAAAGCGGUCACCCUUCAUCAACGAACUAGCAAGACAACUAGGACAUGAAGCAAUGUCGACUGCUGUUAACACGAGUGGAUACGUACCGUCCACGACGAUGGAAGUAAUUUCACCGUUACUCAACCUGCCCACAUAUCAGCAAGAAGCGGAUAGGCCACUGCAGCCAACGCAGCCGCCACCACCACAACCACCGCUGCCAUCAACAUCAACUAUGUUACCAUCUAUGCCAAGUGGAUCGUCAUUUAUGAAUUUCGAACCUAUGCCUCCUCCAUCUCUGGCCCCAACUAUGACUCCAACCAGUUAUGCAUCCGGACCGGUUAUGUAUAAUCAGACGAAUGCUGCUGCUGCUGCUCCGCCACCGGUGAUAUGUUCACCGUUGCUUCCCUCGCCGCAACCUGUACCUCCUCCGGUGAUGGAUCGUGCGCAUGUAUCGUAUAAUCCAUCGUAUACUGCACCCUUUGUCCAACAACCACCAAUCCGUCAAUUUGAACCUCCAAACAAAUCUUUAAGUCAUUCAACCAUAUCCUCCACGUCGUCGCAGAAGCAGAAUUAUACGGAACAUGGAUCAGCAACAUCAUACAGGGAAGUUUACUCUCCACUUCACCAGGAACGAAUAAAGACACCUGAACCACCGGUCAUCUCUAAACCAAAACAAAAAACCAGCUUAUCCAGUCUAUUGGAAGCAUCUGUUUCAGCCAAAGAUUCAUCUAAUAUACCGGUACUAUAUCCAGGAUUCAAACCUGAAAUAAUGCGACAUUGCGAACAAGCACUAUACCAGCUUCCCGUUGAGGAUCCGCGUUUAAAGAUGAAGGGUAGAUUUUUCUACGAUCGCAGUGAAGAACACAAUACGAAAGACGUUUCCGAAGAUCAUACAUCGAAUUCGAUACUUUUGCAGAAAAGUAAAACCAAGAUAUUUUGGAAAGAGUCUAACGCAGAACAGCCAACACCGAUUCCGAAAACAACUCAAACGCAUCAGAAAAUCUGUCAGACAGAUGAGGUGGAAACGGACUCUAAAGGCGUUCAAGUACAUGUUACCACAGCUGACUUUGCAUCACAGGUUUAUUCGGACGAUCUCCAGCAGAUAAAAGAAGAGAGACGGCCGAUAAUGGAUCGUUUAGAUUGGAGCGCACGAGAUACUUACGAAUAUGGAUCCAAGUUUCGCGAAGUAGAUCUGAGAUGGAGUCUAAGUAACUCUUCGCAGAGACGUACUUGGAACAGGCAGACGUCUCCUUCUAGAAGAUCCGAUGAACAAGAGCAAUCAGAUCCUAUUAAUGAAUCUAGAAGCUCGAGGCUGAAUUCUCCUCCUAUUCGAAGCAAUGAGUUUUCUGCUCAUUCUAAUACACAUGAUCACUAUAGUCAUAAUAGAUAUUCGCCGGAUUAUCAAAGACGUUCUUCGGAGCGUGAUGAAUUUCAUGAUAGAAGAAGCAAUCAUAGCCGUGGAGAAAGCCCGAUGGAACUAGAAGAAUCUGACGAUGAAUUAAUGACUGGCCAUACAUUCCAAAGAGGAUCUGAUUGGCAUGGAAGAGGGAAAGUCUUAAGGGGUAAAAGUAAUUUGCGAGGAAAACAUGUAGGAGGAAGACCAUACCGGAGUCGCGGAAACUAUCGGGGAUAAAUAUUCAAGUAUGAAUUUAUGGCGAACAACAG